UCAGCAUGCUGAGCAAGAGUUUCGGGGAGGUAGGUGACCCUAAAGGAGCCAGCACAGGGACAACCGGCUCUCAGUUCCUGGAGCAAUAUAAAACAGCCCAGGCACUUGCCCAGCUGGCAGCCCAGCACUCCCAAACUGGACCCCCCAACACAACCCAUUCUUCCUGGGACACCAGUGGACCCUCACUGGGACAAUACGGUGAGAUGACACCCUACUAUAUGAAGACUCAGCCAGAGCAAGCGGUCCAUUCGCCCUUCACAAAGCGGCAGCCCUACCAGACCGGCACCUCGUCCAUGUUGGAUGUUUUCCUGCAGGACAAAGGCCUGCCUCCUUCCUCAUCGUCUUCUCCCUCGCCCCACGCGGUGCCUCCGCCAGCUUCCUCCCUUCCCAAAAUGGCAGCAAUUCCUUCUCUAGGUCAGCAAGUUUCCCCGAGUUCCUCAGAUGCCCAUGGUUCAAGUCCUCUACCUUUGCACCAACACAAACUCAAACAGCAGAAGAAGAGGACUUCCAUCUCAACAAAGGUAACAACAGCAUUACAUAGAUAAUAUAAUAAAGGUUCCAUAUGUGAAGUUUAUUAAUCUAGUAGACAACAACUGAAUAUUGCUUUACCUGACUUGAUAAAGGGGUAAAUGCCUAUAGAAAAGCUUUGCUAAGCAUCUAGGUCUCACUUCAUGGACAGCAACUGAAAACUAGAGAAUGCAAUUCCUGAAUAAAUUGCUAGUGGGAAUAGUGUU